AUGCCCGCCCGCUCCGUCGCGACAGGACAGCCGGGUCGUGCGGGCUGGGUGCGGGCUGCCGGAGGGACGAAGGGCGGGGGGCCGCCGCUCAGCUCCUCUGUGCCCGCAGACUCCGCGGCUCGUCUGGCUGCCGAGCAAGAAGUUGAAAACCUCUCCGGGCUCUCCCCUAACCCCGAAAGAGAUAUCUUUGUGGUGCGGGAGAACAGGACAACGUGCCUCAUGGCGGAAUUCGCCGCCAAGUUCAUCGUCCCUUACGACGUGUGGGCCAGCAACUACGUGGAUCUGAUCACGGAGCAAGCCGACAUCCCGCUGUCGCGGGGCGCCGAAAUGAAGGGCAAGUGCGGCACCAACGAGUCGGAGCUGGAGAUCUCCUGGCUGGAGCGGGCAUACACCCUCAAACUCUUCUUCCUGAAGGAGGGUCACAACACGUCCCGCGGGCCGGAGGCUUUCUGGAGGCUCAGCCGGAUCCAGUUCGCCUACGACACCUCCGAGCGCACCUACUUCAAGGAUGCCGUCAGCCCUGGGAAGCACACAGCCAGCUCCCAUCGGCUCUCUGCCUUGGUCACCCCAGCGGGAAAGUCCUACGAGUGCCAGGCACAGCAGACCAUCUCCCUCAUCUCCAGUGAUCACCAGAAGUCCGUGCAGCUCUUGUUGUCUGAAGUCCGCAUCCAGCCCUUUGACAUCACUGCGGAUUUUGUCUUCAGUGAAGGUAAGGCAUGGGAUGAAAACGUGUCUUGUGUCUCCGUGGCUCUUUAUUUCCUUGAGGAAUCGGGGUCCCAUCUUUAUCACAACGCUAUCUCCUCCUUGGGGUGGGUUGUCUGUGAUCCUUGCAGGGACUUCAACUUCUAUGAGUUCAGCUCAGCUGUUUGGUCACUGCACAAGCUCUCAUUGCAUGAGCACUAG